AGCGCCAUGGCAUCUUCACUUAGCAUCAUCCUUGCCGUUCUGCUCACCGUAGCAUCCACCGAUGCCGCUACCAUCACGGUCCUCAACAAGUGCUCCUACACGGUGUGGCCAGCCGCUUUCCCGGUGGGCGGCGGGACCAAGCUUGACCCGGGCAAAUCGUGGUCCUUCCAAGCGCCGGCGGGCACACAAUCCGGCAGGAUCUGGGCGCGCACGGGAUGCAGCUUCGACGGCAGCGGCGCCGGCUCCUGCACCACAGGCGACUGCGGCGGCGUCCUAGCCUGCGCCGCUCCCGGGAAGCCACCGGCAUCGCUUGCCGCGUACACGCUCGGCACGGGCAGCGUCUCCGACUUCUAUGACAUCUCCCUCGUCGACGGGUUCAACGUUCCCAUGAGCUUCGCCCCCACCCACGGCAGCUGCCGCACGGUCACCUGCUCCGCCGACAUCAACUCGCAGUGCCCGCCGGAGCUGAAGGUGGACGGGGGCUGCCUCAGCGCUUGUCUCAAGUUCAACACUCCGCAGUACUGCUGCCCGCUGCCGAGUAGUCCUGCGAGGUGCCCGCCGACGGACUACUCCCGCUUCUUCAAGCGUCUCUGCCCAGACGCCUACAGCUACGCCUUUGACGGCAAGAGCACCAUCUUUAGCUGCGCCUCCGGCACGGACUACCGUGUCACCUUCUGCCCCUAG